AUCUCUACGGGGAAACAGCGCAGCAGGAAAAGCUUUCUGGUUUGCAGUCGCGCGUGUUGUUUGGCGGCCGGAGUUCGCGUAAAUAAUUUUUCGAAAAUAAUUCAAUUAGAGCUGCACAGACGUCAUCCUACUAAACGCUAAAAAGCUACGUAAAUAAUUUUUUUUUCCGUAAUUUACUUCCAGCCAGAAUCGGUGUGUGUGUCCAAUUGUUCGCGUAUUGCCAAAAUGCGUAGUGAAAAUACUUUUUAUACGCUCAAAUGCUCAUCGAUAAUACUAAUUAGGAUUUAGGAAAAUCGGAAUUGAUAUUACGCCUAUAACAUAUUAAAACCAAACGACAAAAAGAAAGCACACAAAAUAAAACACAAACAAAUAAAAAUUAAUCAAGUAGAGCACAAACAAAUAAGACUGACGCACCGAUGAGAAUAAUUGAAGCCGAUACCGCAACAAAAAUCGACGCUAAAUAACACGGCGUUAGAUGACGAUGAAAUUUUAUUUGUGUUUUGUUUGUGUAAUUAUUGUUGCUAGUAUUCUUUCAACAAAUACGCAUUAUACGAGACAAUGGGCUGUGCACAUCAAAGGGGGGCCUGAAAUUGCAGACGAAGUAGCCAGGGAUCACGGUUUUAUCAAUCACGGACUGAUAUUUCAAGAUCAUUACUUUUUUACCCACAACGGUAUAUCGAAACGUUCACUAAGACCUAGUCCCGAGAAAAAGCUGCAACUGGCCGUCGACACUCGAGUUUCGUGGGCCCAGCAGCAAAAAGCGAAAAAACGAAUCAAAAGGGACCUGAAAUUACAGGAUUCCGACCCGAAAUGGCCAAAUAUGUGGUAUUUGAACAGGGGCGGAGGCUUGGACAUGAAUGUAAUACCGGCAUGGCUAGACGGAAUCACCGGCAAAGGUGCCGUCGUCACCAUUUUAGAUGAUGGUCUCGAAAAAGAUCAUCCAGAUUUAGUGAAAAACUACGAUCCGAUGGCGUCAUACGACGUCAACAAUCAAGACUCUGAUCCGAGUCCGAGAUACGACAUGAUCGAUUCGAAUAGACAUGGGACGAGAUGCGCUGGUGAAGUUGCGGCGACCAGUAACAAUUCGAUCUGCGCCUUAGGGGUGGCACAUGGUGCCCAAGUGGGUGGCGUGAGAAUGUUAGACGGUGACGUAACGGAUGCGGUUGAAGCCAGAUCGUUGAGUCUAAAUCCUCAACACAUCGAUAUUUAUAGCGCGUCUUGGGGUCCAGACGAUGACGGUAAAACAGUCGAUGGACCCGGAGAAUUAGCGACCAGAGCCUUUAUCGAAGGUGUCACGAAGGGGAGGAACGGCAAGGGCUCGAUAUUCGUCUGGGCAUCCGGGAACGGCGGGAGAGACCACGACAACUGCAAUUGCGACGGCUACACCAAUUCAAUCUAUAGUUUAUCAAUCUCUAGCGCUACUGAAUCUGGGAACGUUCCGUGGUAUAGUGAGGCUUGCAGUUCCACGCUUGCUUCCACGUACAGCAGCGGAGCCGUCCACGAGAAACAAGUCGUAACAACUGAUUUGAGACAUUCUUGUACCAGCAGCCACACCGGUACUAGCGCGUCAGCUCCUCUAGCCGCCGGCAUUUGCGCCUUGGCUUUAGAAGCGAAUCCAAAUUUAAGCUGGAGAGAUAUGCAGCAUAUUGUUGUACGUACAGCUAGACCUCAUCAUUUGACGGCAGGUGAUUGGCAAGUGAAUGGGGUCGGCAGAAAUGUCUCGCACAGUUUUGGAUACGGCCUCAUGGACGCUUACGCGAUGGUACAAUUGGCGAGGAAUUGGAUUACCGUGCCCGAACAACACAAAUGCGAAAUUAGCGCAUCUGAUGUUUCCAAGUCCAUUCCGGCAAAAAGUGUGGUGGUCCUAACGUUGCAAGUAAAAGAAUGCGAAGGGGUCGAAAUUUUGGAACACGUCCAAGCUAAGUUGACAAUUUUCGCACAGAGACGUGGGGAUUUAAAUAUUCAGUUGACUUCCCCUAUGGGGACGAGGGUUACGCUUUUGGCACACAGGGCUCACGAUAACUCUAGGUCGGGUUUCAAUUAUUGGCCUUUUAUGUCCGUCCACUCUUGGGGCGAAAGUCCUUAUGGCACUUGGCAGUUAGAAAUUCAUAAUGAUGGUCGAUUAAUGGGCCGAGCUACACUUCAGAACUGGUCGUUGAUAUUAUACGGAACGAAACACUUUCUGUCGUUUUUACCUAACAAUUCGAACGAAAUUAAUGGCUCUAAAUAUAAUAACAAACAAACAAAAUCUAACGGGGGAACUAAAAAGAAAAAUAAAAAACAGAAACACAAAAACUUGACCAAAACGUCGAAAAAUUUCAAUAAACCAAAAGGGAAAAUAUCUUCGAAAGAAUUGAACAACACCAUUUCCAUAAAAAUCAAAAAGAUUUCGACGACCACUACCGAUGUUUCUCCAUAUUUUUACGCGGUAUCCAACAGUAAACUUAAAAUAGAUCACUAUUUGAAAUUUGUCAAAAAUAUCACCAUAACUUAUCCCGUGAUGAUCCCCGCCAGAGACGUCGCAAAAAAUUUCAACAAAAAAGGUCAAAAAUUGAAAGAAAAAAGUCGCGAUAUCAAUUUCAAUCACAACAUGAAAGUGUUCGUUCCGAAAUCGACCGAAAAAACGCCAAGUGGCGCUUCGAAAGGAAUUAAGGCUAAGAUUAAAGCUUGGGAUCUCACUUUAUACGGCACCGCUACAGCCCCCCCAUAUGAUAUUCAUCGGCAACAUCUAAAUGUUGAUACCCAAUCAAUACCGGAAAUUUACAACGAAGACAUUCUCCACAAUUCUAUCGAUUCUCCAUCUGAUUGGAAAACCAGCGUUGAAAAUCGGAAAGACACCUUAGAAGUGGAAGAAAAGGAAACCACUUCGUCCGGGUGCAAAAAAUUGCAAGGGAAUGUUUGUUUAGAAUGCCACCCGGGUUUUGUGCUGUCCAACCUGACGUGUUUGGAAACAUGCCCCGAUGGAUUUUAUAACAGCAGCCGUGGAGCAGAAAACAGCUCUUUAAAAAGUUUCGCCUGUGCUCGCUGCCAUUACACGUGCAAAAAAUGCAACGGGUCUAUGGACUAUCAAUGUACCGCGUGUUUCCCAGAUGCGGUUCUAUACCACUUGUCGCGAUCGGUCGCUCACUGCUAUCCCAAACAUUUAAUAUCGGAAGUGUUCUCCGAAUGGUAUUACCGCGUGUUCACCGGCCUGAUAUGUAUUAUAAUUUUAGUAUUGCUUAUCGUUAUCCUAAGUUUUGCGUAUUUAAAGAGAAAAACUCCCAAAUACGUGCUAAUUCCGUCGGACUUUGAUGAAACAAAACAAAUCAAGAAAAAUAUUAAGGCGAAGAUUUAUAGCGAUAGCGAAUAAAUUGAAACUGUGAUUCUCAAGACGUGCGUAACCUAUUUUACGAAUCCCGUGCCAAUGUUAGUGAAUGUACAUGUAGCAUAGCUGCCUACAACUUAUAUUGUAUUUUAAAAUUUAAACUGUACAUAAUAAAUUAUUGU